AGCUGGUUCUCACCUCCUUCUUCUUCCCCGACGACUUUUUAAACCGACCAGCUUCCUUCUCUUCUACAUCACGGCACCACAACACACCUUAUAUAAACCAACACUUUGAUCUCUCAAUCGGAUUGUCUAAACCGAGUUUUUAAAGGUUUUGUCUUUUCUUUUUUUGAGAUUUCCUCAAAGUUCGGAGCUUUAAAAAGGUUUUGAGAUUCGAAUCAAUGGAAGAAGAUUACCAAACGCCGCGUUUCACGAUCGGUCGACAGUCCUCGUUGGCGCCGGGGAAGAUACCGGAGCCGUCGAUUCACUCGGAAGAGGAGGUGCUGGAGGACGGAGAGGAGAUCGACGGAGGCGUGAGGCUUAUGUAUCUGUGUAACGAAGGCGACGUGGAAGGGAUCAAGGAGCUUCUAGAUUCGGGGAUCGAUGCUAAUUACAGAGACAUUGAUGAUCGGACUGCUCUCCACGUGGCGGCUUGUCAGGGGUUGAAGGAUGUGGUCGAGAUUCUUCUCGAUCGGGGAGCUGAAGUUGAUCCUAAAGAUCGAUGGGGAAGCACGCCAUUUGCAGAUGCGAUAUUUUACAAGAACGUCGAUGUAAUCAAGAUUCUUGAGACUCAUGGAGCUAAACACCCUAUGGCUCCAAUGCACGUGAAGACUCCUCGUGAGGUUCCUGAAUACGAAAUCAAUCCUAGUGAGCUUGAUUUCACUCAAAGUAAAGAGAUAACAAAGGGAACUUACUGUAUGGCAAUGUGGCGUGGGAUUCAAGUCGCGGUGAAAAAGCUCGAUGAUGAAGUUUUAAGCGACGAUGAACAAGUGAGGAAGUUCCAUGACGAGCUAGCGUUGCUCCAAAGGCUUAGGCAUCCGAACAUAGUGCAGUUUCUUGGUGCUGUAACUCAAAGCAAUCCUAUGAUGAUUGUAACUGAAUACUUGCCUAGGGGAGAUUUGCGUGAGUUGCUGAAAAGGAAAGGACAACUAAAACCAGCUACUGCUGUUAGAUACGCCCUUGACAUUGCAAGGGGAAUGAGCUAUCUUCAUGAGAUCAAAGGAGACCCUAUCAUCCACCGCGAUCUUGAACCUUCAAACAUAUUGAGGGAUGAUUCAGGGCAUCUGAAAGUUGCAGACUUUGGAGUUAGCAAGCUUGUUACUGUUAAAGAAGACAAACCUUUUACAUGUCUUGACACUUCUUGUAGAUAUAUUGCUCCUGAAGUUUUCACUAGCGAGGAAUAUGACACAAAAGCUGAUGUUUUCUCCUUUGCUUUGAUCGUUCAAGAGAUGAUAGAAGGAAGAAUGCCCUUUGCUGAAAAGGAAGACAGUGAAGCAUCAGAAGCUUAUGCCAGCAAAGAGCGGCCAUUGUUCAAAGCUCCAUCAAAGCUUUACCCUCAUGGACUUAAAACGUUGAUAGAAGAAUGCUGGCAAGAUAAACCGGCCAAGCGACCUACUUUCAGAGAGAUCAUUAAACGGCUUGAGUCUAUUCUUCAUCAUAUGGGUCACAAACGACAAUGGAGGAUGAGGCCGUUGACUUGCUUUCAGAAUUUCGAGCACAAGAAGAAACAUAAUUGGGAUAUGAGCAGCCAUGACGGCUCAUCAUCCGGUUCACAUUUGUGAUUCUUUAACCGGUUCAGAAACUAUUCUUUUGUAUUCCCUCCGGUUUAGUUUGGUUUUCCCCCUAAAGAACCGAAUUUUAGUUUGUCAUUUUGUUCUUCACUGAUGGAAGUUCGUGUGGACAAAACCUGGCAUUUUAUCGUUGUAUAAAGAUUGUUGUAAGAUCUAUGAUUUUAACGUUAAGAAUAUUUGCUGUUGUGAUCUGAAA